AUGACGAAGAAUAAUAUUGAAAAACAUGUUGAUGUAUGUUGUGGAUUAGGUGAAAUUAAAUUGACUUGUUCUCAAAAUGAAAAAAUACGUUUAAAUAUUAUACAACUAUAUUAUACAGAAAAUUGUUAUCUAUUAGAGUCAAAUACAAAUUCAUCAACAUGUUGUAAAAGAAAAUCAUCUUGUUCUAGACGUAUAACAAAAUAUAGUCAUCAUUGUAAUGAACAACAAGAAUGUUUUAUUGAAAAAACAUGUUUAAAAAUUUAUAAACCAUGUGCUAUUCGGGGUAUUGUUGAUGUAGCCUACGGUCAAUACAUGACUAUUGACUAUUUUUGUAUUCCUCAAAGUAUGAGUUAUCAACAAUAUAUGGAAAAUAAAUAUCGGAAUAUGUUACCACUAUUACCAACAUUUGAUACCAAUAUUACUGUACAAUUACAGAAACCAUCAUCAUCUACAGGAGUUAAUGGUUGGAAGACGUUGACAGUUACCGAUACUUCUCUAUCUGCAGGUGCAAUUCGUUCAAAACGAAAAAAUUUAUUUUCAUUACGUUAUGACGAUGAGAAUGGUGAAUUAAAUGAUGAUAAUAGCUCAUGGAGUCAAUGGAAAUCAUCGGUGUUUUCUCUUAUGUUACUCAUAUUAUUUGCUAUUAUUUUUCUCUUACUUAUCUAUUGGAUUGCAUCAAAAAUUGGACAUCGUCUAAGACAUCGACAACCAUCAAAAGAAACAUUACUAGGACAUGAAGAAACAAAAGAAACAACAAUAACAACGACUCUUGAUCCAAUAAAUAUUGAAAAUUAUUCUUAUAAAAAUGGUAUUAUAGAUUCGGAUGCUAAAACACGAAUUUAUGCAUCACCAGAUGCAAGAUCAUUCUAUUAUACACCAUAUGAUCAUUCUCAAAAUCAACGUUAUCCAACAAAAUGUUAUGUAAAUGUUGAACAUGAUCAUCGUACAGGACAAAUUUAUUCAAGAACAUUACAAAAUGCACCUCAAAAUCCAUAUUCAUUCUCUUAUAGAAUACCAUCCUAUCGUAAUCACAAUCAUGGUAAAAUAUAUCUAAAUCAAUAUCCAGAAAAAAUAACAUUAACUUGA